UGAAGUUAAAAAAAAAAAAAAAAAAGGAACUGUUCAGUUGUCCCAGGAGGCUGGCUGCAAGCCGUGAGUGGAGGAAGUGUGGGGUAUAAAGAAGGCGGUGUCAGACAGCCCAGCGAAAGAGGGGAGUACAGAGAGCCAUAACUUGCUUCUCAGGACUCUCUGGGGUGGAAGGAGCUGGGCGGGCUGUGCCCAUGCAAACAGAAUUGCAGAAGUGGAGCCCAGGCUUAUCACUUCCCUGAGAAGAAAAGCACAUUUCCAGUUAGCUUCCUGUGCCUGAGCGCAAGUGCCCGGUGCCCUCCUCGCUGCCCAAACCCAGACUGCCCCGAGCAGGUGGAGGACCAGGCUGCGGCCUGUGGAAGAGCCGAGUUCCUGUGGCAUAAACUAGGGGAGUUCUGCGGAACCUGCGAACUGAAAGCACCCAGCGCCACACUCAAGAGCAGAAGACCGGGACCUGCCAUGACUUUUUAGACGAGGAGUCUCCUCACUAUGGUCCCCUGUCCUGCACAGAAAGACAUCAGCUUCUACCAGGGAAACUGAAGCAAUCCCGCCACAAACCACAGCGGAGGCAAAAGGGAAGCACUUGGCAGGGACCCUUGACCUGGAAAGACCUGUGUCCGUGUAGACCUCUGCUAGUAGAUGCCUUGUAUCCUGACGGCCUUACAGCCAUCCCAAAGCUGGAAUUGACAUCUGUCUCAUGUGCCAAGAAACCAAUCCAUGCUCUGUGUAAAAGACCCCCGGAGCAGGAGGCAGAUGGAGCUUCGCAUGUGACAAGAGGACCCCAGAAGCCACUCUCUUCUCCACCCCAGGUGCCCUGUCCCCGCAGGAGGCUCCACCUUGGGUCCAGAGCUUCUAGCCUGCACCAGGAUGAAUGAGGACCUCAGUGUACAAGAGAAUGGUGUUGGUCACCUGUAUUCUGAGAGCUUGCCACAGCUCAGGGAGUCUCUCACACAACCCUCGGCCAAUCACACUUCAUCCUCAGAGAGCACUGUGACUUCGAGUGACUCUGGAUCAGACACUUUGCACAUGACUCCUGGGGACCUUGACUGCAAAUCCCUCUGCGAGGAGGAGGAAGCAGGAUCGGCCUCUGCCAUGCCAGGCACCAGCCCAGCUCCGAAUAAUGCUGCAAGCCAGGACUCCGUGAGGGCAGACAAGGCCGCAUCGCAGCUGGAAGCGGGAGAGGGACUCGGAACAGCAGAAGACAGAGGGAAGGACGGCACCGCAGGAGAAACUGAGGUUUCCCCGCCUCCCAAAGCUCCUGCAAAGUUAGUCAGCUUUCAGCAGCGUGAGAACACUUCAGCUAGUGAGAAGGAGGUGGAGGCAGAAUUUCUCAGGCUGUCUUUGGGCCUUAAGUGUGACUGGUUUACGCUGGAAAAGAGAGUCAAGCUUGAAGAGAGGUCCCGGGACCUGGCGGAGGAAAACUUGAAGAAAGAGAUUACCAACUGUUUAAAGCUCUUAGAGUCAUUAGCGCCUCUAUGUGACGACGACAACCAGGCUCAGGAGAUCAUUAAGAAGCUGGAGAAGAGUGUAACACUGCUCAGCCAGUGUGCGACGCGUGUGGCCAGCAGGGCGGAGAUGCUGGGGGCCAUCAAUCAGGAAAGCCGGGUGAGCAAGGCGGUGGAAGUCAUGAUUCAGCACGUGGAAAACUUGAAGAGGAUGUAUGCCAAAGAGCAUGCCGAGCUGGAGGAGUUGAAGCAGGUUCUGUUGCAGAACGAGAGGUCCUUCGCACCUCUGGAAGAUGAGGAUGACUGUCAGAUUAAAAAACGUUCAUCUUCUCUAAAUUCCAAGCCAUCGUCUCUUCGAAGAGUGACAAUUGCCUCUUUACCCAGGAAUCUUGGAAAUAUAGGGAUGGUAUCUGGGGUGGAAAACAAUGACAGAUUCAGUCGGCGGUCGAGCAGCUGGAGAAUUUUGGGGACAAAGCAGAGUGAGCACCGCCCCUCGCUACACCGAUUUAUUAGCACCUAUUCCUGGGCAGACGCCGACGACGAGAAAUGUGACGUGAAAACCCGAGAUGCCCCUGAACCACCCGGAGAAGAGGCAGUGGAGACGACCAGGAAGGCCAGCCUUUCUGAAAAGAGAAGCAGCCCCUCCAGCUGGGACAGCGGGGCAGUAUGCAGCUCGGUGACUUCCUGGGUCACUCACCUGCAGGCGUCCUUCAGAAGAGCCAACAGAGUACUCUGGCUCUCCAUGGUCUUCAUCGUAUUGUUUGCAGCGCUCAUGAGCUUCCUCACCGGCCAGUUCUUCCAGACGGCGGUGGAAGCUGCGCCCGCACAGGAAGGCAGCGCCUGGAUGUCUCUGGAACACAUCUUAUGGCCGCUUACCAGACUCAGGCACAAUGGGCACCCACCGGCCUGACCGCAGCACAGCCAAAUGUCCCGCUCUGUUUUUAACAUUUCCCUCUGAGGUUCAUCAAGUAGUAACAUUCAAGUAAUUAUAGCAUGAAACCAGGGUUUGCGUGGGACAGUGGUUUUGUACUCUGUAAAGAUUUGUCACUUGUCUGGUUUAAUAAAAUGCUGAAAGGUCAGUAGCCAAGCAGGAAGUAUAGGCGGGGUGACCAGAACAGGAGAAUUCUGGGAAAAAAGAAAGGCUUAGUCUGCAUUUGUCACAGAGGAAGCCGGACACAGAGGAAGCAAGAUGAGAAUGCCUCACCAAUGAAAGGUGCCAAGUCACGUGGCUGACAUAGACAAGAAUUAUGAGCUAAUUUAAGAUGUAAGACUUAGUAAGAAGCCUGACAUAACAGGCCAACCAGUUUAUAAUUAAUGUAGACCUCUGUGUGUUUCUUUGGGGCUGAAUGGCUGCAGAAUCAGGCAGGACAGAAACCUCUGUCUACAGGGUUCUCAGAGCUGCUGAGAUAUUUUAAUUCCCCAACUAUUUAGCACAGGGAGAGGAUGCCGCCUAGGGUAUUUUAGUGAGCUUUCUGAGACAGAGAGACAUAGUGCUUUUAUUGAAAUGUAUCAAAAUAAAGAACUAUUCCAAUCUCA